GGACUCAAAAUUUCUUUCUCGCGUUACAGAUUUAAAUAAUGGCUUUUCAACUAGACGAUCUACUGAAGGACGACAAGAAAGAUGCAAAUUUGAUACCCGAUUUAAGUAAAACGACUUGCAAUUCUUACGAGGAAUUCCGACGACUCAAGGAAUACUGUCCGGAAUUUAAGAUUAAACCGGAAAAGGUAAAACGGGAAGAUACGAAGGUUCGCGAUAAAGAGUUUUCUUGGAAAUCAACCAAGAAAGAACUCAAAAACAUUGGCCGGGAAUGGACUUAUGGGGAUCCAAUUCCGCCCGAUAUGAGAGAAUUGGAUCUGCAGGAACUGCAACAAAUCGCCAUCGAUUGGCGGAUGCUAACUCCAAUUAGACCAAAACUUCGCCAGGACGAAGAAAUGUUUUCAAGAUUGGUGGAGAUGGGUAAAUUAGAGGCAAAGACUAUAAUGAAAGAGCGUCGAUCGCCAACGAGUCCUAUUAGACGAAGCAAAAAUCGCGCAGGAAUAAUCGAAAGCAGUGUAAAAACCUGCAGGGAAUGCGGCGAGGAGUAUUGCUUCGGUGAAUUUUGUGGGGAUGUCCUUUACGAUUCCUUCACGAGGGUAACGAUCGCUGUCCCGCAGUCAAAGAUCAAAAUAUCCGCAGAUGCCGAGGCUAUAAUCGCCAAUAUGGACCGUAAGAAGAAGAGGAAAAAAGGAAAAAAAAGUCAAAGAAAAAUCAAAAGUAAGAGCAGAAUAUCCAGAAAGUCCGCCAGGCUGUUGGUUAACAACAAGGCGAGAAGAUCGAUAACGGAUCUCGAAAGCAAAACUGUUAAAGCGAAAAAUAUCGGAGGGCAAAGUGAAAAGCCAAUGAAACAGUUUAAGAGGAAAUGUAGCAAGCAUACAAAAAAAGGUGUUUUACGCAAGUAACAAUAAUUACGAUAUUGAAUCAAGAACAAUUGGGAGGUUUCCCAUAUAAGAUCGAUUGUUACAACAAUCUGUAUACAGACAGCUUCUAAAAAGGUUUCAACAUUCAUUUCUUUCACAUUUCAUGUGCAACAUUUCUGACAGGAUUUUGCAAAAUAUGAAAUGUUACAACAGAAAUGUGUUUCUAAAAUUUUGUAAAAAUUUUGCAUUAUUGAGUAUUUAUAAAAUAUUAUAAUACAGCUUUUAUAGAAUAUUAUAGCUUUCAAAAUUUGUUGUGAAAAUAUAUUACAAGAAAUGUAUCAUAAAAUAAUAAUAAAUGCGUGACAUAUUUGUUUGUGAUUAAAAAAUAUCAAAUUAUUUUAUAAAUUUUCAUUAUUUAAUAUUAUGAAAAAGUAUAUUAUAAAAUACUAGUGAAUUAUGAAGCUUAUGUAUCGCUAAAUUGUGGUAAAAGAUAUGUUAUAUUAGUUGACAUUGAUAUUCUUUACAUUUCUAUAAAAUCCGCUGAGAUAUUGUAAAAAUAUCACGUUUAAUAUAGAAAAAUUCUCUUAAACAACCACUGAA